ACCCCGCAAGGCUCGCAGAAGGCUCGUGGAAGGGGAUCGUGGACGGCAGAGCUGCCAGCAGCCGUAGUGUAGUUGUCGAAGAGCUUCCUGGUUUUGGGUUGCCUAUUUCUUGGUGGCUCCACGACCACCCUCCGCUGGAACCGCUGGACGAUCGAGGGAUUGCGUUGGUACCGGCAACGGGUGGCCCCAUUGACCGUUUCCUGCUGGCGGUGGAGCAGCGCGAGAGGUGUUAUUAACACGCAGUGCUGUUGUUUCGUCGCACCAGACGAAAGAUACGACGUGGCCAAAAAGGCCGAUGAAAGGACAACGCGGCACCACGUAAGCCACACGCACAAGGGCAAGGGGUGAGGGGUUAGUGUUAGCCUGUACGGCCUGGACCGGGAGAACGUAACGGGUGGGGCUCCCGUUUUGAACCGAGAUGCGUGUCACCAACAUUCGCGGCGGCCGGAUCUUCCGGAUCGCCAUCGGCGCCACGAUCGUCGUGAUGAUUCUCUACAUGAUUGCCACCUGGUCGGGAGUCGAUCAGCGGACGGUACAGGAAGCGUACCAGGCGCGGUUUGCGGCCCACCUUGGCGGUAACCAGCGGGGCACCGAGACGGAUCAGAAUCACCCGAAGGAGGUGCCACAGCUGGUGGAAGGUUUGGGCAACUUCGAGCCACACGAACCAACGGUCCGCGAAGGACCGGGUGAGGGUGGCCGCGCUUACGUGCUGCCGGAGGACCAGCAGAACCAGGCGACGGAUGCGGAGAUGGAGUACGGCAUGAAUAUUGUCGUGUCGGACGCGAUCUCGCUCGACCGAACGAUACGGGACACGCGGCUGGAGGAGUGCAAGCACUGGGACUAUCCGUACCAGCUGCCGAAGACGAGCGUCAUCAUCGUGUUUCACAACGAGGGCUUCAGUGUGCUGAUGCGCACUGUUCACUCGGUGCUGAACCGGUCGCCCAAACACCUGUUGCACGAGAUCAUCCUCGUGGACGAUUACUCCGACAAAGAGGAUCUACGGGGGAAGCUGGAGCGCUACAUCGAGCGUUUUGGCAGCUUGGUGAAGCUGAUACGCAACAGCGAGCGGGAGGGUCUGAUCCGGACCAGGUCUCGCGGUGCCCACGAAGCGACCGGUGAGGUGAUCGUCUACCUGGAUGCCCACUGCGAGGUCAACACGAACUGGCUGCCCCCACUGUUGGCGCCGAUUCAUCGCGAUCGUACGGUCAUGACCGUGCCGAUCAUCGACGGGAUCGACCACAAGACGUUCGAGUAUCGGCCGGUGUACGCGGACGGGCACCAUUAUCGCGGCAUCUUCGAGUGGGGCAUGCUGUACAAGGAGAACGAGGUGCCGCGCCGGGAGCAGAAGCGCCGUAAGCACGACAGCGAACCAUACCGCAGCCCGACGCACGCCGGUGGUCUGUUCGCAAUCAACCGCAAGUUCUUCCUGGACCUUGGCGCGUACGAUUCGGGUCUGCUGGUGUGGGGCGGCGAGAACUUCGAGCUCAGCUUCAAAAUCUGGCAGUGCGGCGGCAGCAUCGAGUGGGUACCUUGCUCGCGCGUUGGCCACGUGUACCGCGGCUUUAUGCCGUACAACUUCGGCAAGCUGGCGAGCAAGAAGAAGGGCCCGCUCAUCACAAUCAACUACAAGCGCGUGAUCGAAACGUGGUUCGACGAGCCGUACAAGGAGUACUUUUACACGCGCGAACCGCUCGCCCAAUACCUGGACAUGGGCGACAUCAGCGAGCAGCUAGCGCUGAAAGAGCGGCUCCAGUGCAAGAGCUUCCAGUGGUACAUGGACAACGUGGCGUACGAUGUGCUGGACAAGUACCCGAUGCUGCCCGCCAACCUAUUCUGGGGGGAGCUGCAGAACACCGGCAUGGAGAAGUGUGUCGAUGCGCUGGGCCGGCAACCGCCGGCGAUCAUCGGGCUCCAGGUAUGCCACGGCCAGGGCCACAACCAGCUGAUACGGCUGAACGCGGCCGGGCAGCUCGGUGUCGGCGAGCGUUGCAUUGAGGCGUACAACGCCGACAUCAAGCUGGCCUUCUGCCGCCUGGGCACGGUCGAUGGACCGUGGCAGUACGACGAGCACACCGGGACGCUCCUGCACCGAACGCACAAGAAGUGCAUGGGCUAUCAACCGCAAAACAGGCAGCUGGCGCUGAUGCCCUGUGACAUCAACAACGCCUACCAAUCGUGGAAAUUCCAGAAGAUUCAGCCACGUUGGUAGAAACUAGAAAUCCGUGUGUGGGACGCUGGGUGGGUUUUGUUGAUGACGGUGAUAGAUGUGGUCGGUUUCGCAGCAGACUAGUGAAUGAAGGCAUGUGUUAAAUGUUUGUUGAAAGUAUUUUCUUCGUUUUUUGAACGAUUAGUUUGGCACAUUAGGCUAAGGCGAAACAGAUCGACUAGGAGCACUAUGGCGCAAGCAGGGUGCUGGAAGUAAGCAGGACCAGCAGCAGCAGCAGCCUAGAUUGAAUGUCUGAUUAGUGAGAGAACGAAAACAAAUGAAAAAAUGUGAGUGAUACUGGAUAAGCAUAGGCAAAAUGAAGAUAGCAUAAAAACACAACAGAAGUAGCAUCAUUUCAAAACAAAAACAACAACAAAAAAAAAACGAACGUGGAUAUCACCGAUCAAAGAUAGCGGCGCGGUAUUUGGCUAAACGGUUUGGUGGUUUAGGACACGGGCCGAUUCCUUCCUUUUAAUUUCACGGGCGGAUUCUUUCAGUUUACUUUUGACGAGAAUAGAAGCGAAUAUAGGGACGGCGAACUGGAUUAGAGAUAAAUUAUCAUUGUUCAUUUAAAGCUCAACUGCCGCAACCAAUACUUAUUCUACGCGAUCGUGGAGCCAUUCAUUCCAUGGCUUUACGAAAUCGAUUGUAAACGUAGUGAACGAGCCUUUUCUCUUUCCGGUUUGCAGCGUGGAACAAUAAACGAAAAACAAAAACAGUA